AUGAGUGGUUUACUUAAUGAACUGCAACGCAUUACCAACGAUCUACAUUCCGAAAAGGCACCAACACGGAAUAAAGCUAUAGAGCAGCUGGAUCAAAAGUUAAACAAUUCCAAAGAAGCUAUCAAUGAUGUUUUGGCCAGAAAGAAGGAACUAUCAUGGCAAAAUGUAUUUGAGGCCACCAAGGAGGCCAUAUUCAGACAUGCUGCCAAUAUGCUGGAUGCCCGGGAAAAAGCUUUUAAGGCAUUGGCAGAUAAACGCUACCUAUACGGCAAUGCGAUCACCAAGAUUAUUGACUACAAUCUGGAGAUUGGCAGAACAAACGGCGCCUACUUUCUAGACAAGUCCACUGUGUUUAAUGCAUUUGAAGAGGGCUUGAAGCAGCGCGGAGUAGUGCAGCAUUUUGGUGACCAUUUCAUAAAUAUACUAGACAGAGGCAUCUAUCUGUCGCCCAGCUAUGUGCGUGACCUUAAAGUCAGCGAAUAUAGUCGCAUUUUGUCGUAUCUCUUUGAGCUGAAUGUUGAUAAAGAUGAGUUCCUGCACUCCAAGCUACUCAAGUGUAUAACAAAAACCUUACAAUUGGCCCAAGACCGUGUGCAGCUGCAUGCAGACCUGGAUGGCUACUUGCCUGCAUUAAUCUCCUUUGCUCAGGAGCCCCAUACUGCGGAUAGAAAAUGUGAAAUUGUUCGCAUCUAUCAGCUGUUUGUUAGUCAACUAGCUGUUAACUAUCAUCAUAAUUUAUGCAAACAUAUGCAAGAAAUUAUGCCAAAACUUUGUGAAUUCCACAACGAUGAUGUGUUUCGUGAUGAUACCAAGACUAUAUUCUUUGAUUGCAUUAUACAAUCAUUGCAUGCACUUUAUCCCAAAUUGCACAAUGGCGAUUUCGAUACAUUCCAUGUGGCGCUAAAUGAAAGUUGGCCGCAAACUAUGCAAAAACUAAAGAGUAUUAUACACAUGGAGAUUAGAAGAAACUCAAUGGUGCGCUGUAAAACUUCACAACUGCUUAGCGACAAGUUCUCAGAGGAGUUUAUAAAGAUGUCAUCGCUCGUUAUGUAUAUUUUACUAUGGCAUUUGGAGACGAACAGAAACGCUGAUGCAGCGGAGGCACCGAAUAAACGCCAACGUGUGGAUAAAAUGGAAACCAUGUUUAACCUGAUAGACAAGCAGGAGACUAGCUUUAAUGAUAUAUGGUUUGCCAUAUGCGCUGAGCUGCUGCUGCUAAGCGAUUGCAUUAUAAACGCUGCCAACUAUCAACAAAUACUGCAGACCACAUUGGAUGUGCUGCUGAUCGAUGGCAAUGCGCGUAAUAUGCGCAGUGUGCGACAAUGCUUGAGCAGCUUGCUGCAAAAAGAGCAGCAACUGGUGCAGUCACAGGGCAUGCAGCCAAACUAUCUGGCUGAGGCCUGGACACAAAUUGCUACACAUCUCAUAGCCGAAGUGCAGCCAGCUGCGACUGUUAUACAAGAAAAGCAAUUGAUAUUGCAGCUAAUGAUUAGACAUCAGAAAUUGAGUGCAACAUUGUGUAGCACAUUGCUGCAGAGCAUUACAACAACACAAAUGCUGCGGCGUAAUGAAUGCAUUGCCACUAUACGUGAGAUAUUUAAGCAUGCGGAGCAUUGUGGACUGGACAAGACCGCCGCUGAAAUGGAAUCCAUUAUCAAUUGGGCUUUUGCUAGCGAUAAAAGCAGCGCUACACAAAUGAUACACAACAUAGCAGCGCUUGAUGCGAAGCUCUUGGCGGACACUUUUGCCAUUGGGAUUAUCAAUUUUCUGGAUGAGCAGCAGCUGAAGCAAUUGACUAGCAAUGCAACUGCAACGCCAAUAGCUGCAAGCAAUUUGCAAUUGCUACAAUUCAAAUACAAUGAACAGUUGGUCUGCUUGCAGCAGAGUUUUCAGUUGCAGCUGCAAGUAGCGGACAGCCAGCAAAGUGCCGUUGUAAUAGGCAAUAAGAAUUGUUUAUUUCAAAACAAUUUCGAGCUGCUGAUGCGUCUGCUUAACUUCGGCACAAGCAAUGAGCAUUGCAUAGGUGCUAUACUAAAGGAUCUCAAGAGUCUGUAUAAGCUGGUCUGCUUUAUAGAGCGUUUGCUUUAUUACAAAGUGCUCGAUGCGCAGAAUUUCAUGCAGUGCGUGCUUAUUAAACGCAUUGGCUUGUUUCUCAGUCAUAUCGAGUUUCAGUACAAGGCAAAUGAACUGAGCAGCAUGGAUGACUGCGACUUGCAGGACAUUUUACAACAGCAGCUGCUUGUGCUGGAUGUGUUUAGCUCGCAUCCGAUUUUGCUGCAGUAUCUGGAGACACAACCGAUUGAUAUGCUGCUGGAGUUUAUAGGCGCUGUGCUGAAGCAGAACUCAACUCGACGUGAUCCGCUGGAAAGCAAGGAUCGCUCUAGCUUAACAUUGAAGUGUUUGCAUAUACUUGGACGAGUUUGCGCUUAUAGCAGCUGGAGCCAUGAAGCGUUCAAGCAUAUAUCGCAGCAUAUUCGAGCACAGAGUCCACCAGAGCAUGUGCUGCUAGUUAUCAAGAUGCUUUGCAGCAGCAGCAAGUUAUCGGAUGAGUGCAUAGGCUGGCUGGUGGAUGAACUAAAAACUUUGAUACAGCAUCACUAUCUCAAUGCGCAGAUUGUUAGCCAGCUGGUGGAUUACAUGCCGGUUAUAUUCUACUUUGUCUACAAUCUGGAGCAGCUGCUGGAUGACAUGUUGAUUGCGCUAAUGUCCAUGCUUAAGAUAUCCAUGCGCAAAUCCUAUCCCACGCAUAUAUCAGUCAAGAUUAUAAGCUGUGUAGCUGAGAUUGCACAGCGUUGCUCCAACAUCUAUGAACUUGACAAUUUUGCCGUCAUCUGCAAGUCAGUGGGUAAAUUCCUAACCAUGCCCACACUGGAAGUGCGCCUGAAAACGCUCAGCACGUUGACGCUGCUGUUGAAUACAAACUAUUGUAAUGAGCAGUUGAACGCGGUUGGCUCUUCUGAGCAACAUUUGGAGUUUUGUGAGCAGCUCUAUGAGACUAUUGAUUGGAAUAAGCUAACGUUUACAAGCGAAGAUUUGAAACAAAAUUGUAUAUCUGUGAUUAUACAAACGCUGUUGGCUUUCUUUGCCUACAGCACAUAUCAUCAGGAGCUGGCAUUGCAGCAUCUUUUGGAGCAUUGUGCUGAACACAAACUAACUGAAACUGAUUUUAGUGCCUUAAAGAGCAACGUGCCGGAUCGAGGUCAGCCCCUGCGUGAGCUAAUCAAGCCCUAUGCAGAUGUCUUGCUGCACAACUGGAUUUCCAAGCAGUAUUCACACUCCAAAUUUCCUUAUUACUUAUGCUUUAAUACUAAAGAGGAAUAUCUAAAUGCACAUGCUGGCCACAUAUUGGCUUAUACGCUUAUCUAUGCCAAGCCAGAGGAUGUAAAACGCAUUGAUAAAAGUUUAAGCAAAGAGUCGGCGCUGCCUGUACUGCUGGCCUAUGUGCUGUCUGAUCUGGCUGAUUGCGACGAAAGUGAAUCUGUGCUUUUUAGACAGCAUCAUGAUAAUCUAACAAAAAACUUGGCACAGCUAAAACUAAAUCCCUUAGAUCUGCCACUCAAUGCUACGACGCUCUACAAUGCCAUCAAGCUGGUGCUGGAUAAGGAGCAGCUUGCCAAGCUGUUUGGACAAGCAGUGAGCUGUGCUCGCAUGCCCAUGUGGUAUAAUCUAAGUGUCAGCUCGCUCUUCAAGUGCCUUAAAGCAAAUAUUCAAGGACGCAGUUGGUCGCAGGAUGCGCGCAUACAGUGGAUGUCUGCGUUGAUGUUCGAGCAGCCGCAUGUGUUAAUAGACUUGUUGAUAAUACUCAAAAGCGAUUGCUAUAACGCUGUUAUCAGCAGUCAUGUGCUGCGUUGCUUCUUUCUAUAUGCCAUCCUGGCAGUGGCCACAUUGGAUGCAGUUAGCGCACUGGAGGCCAGCGCCAAGGCAGAGCCAGACAGUUUGCUUUUAACAGUGCAUGCUGCAUAUUUUGUGCGUGAUGCUUGGUACUUUAGCUGUCGCUUGCUGUUAGCUACCAAGUGUGCGCAAGUGCAACAUGCUGUCCUGCAGUUGUUGCAGCAACUGCUGAGCAAGGGCAACUUUGAAGCCGCUUGCCUGAAUGCGCAUAUGGAUGAUAUAGCCAAGAUAUUGGUGCAGUGUGUGCAACAGUUGCACCAGCCACAUUUAAAGCAACAAGCCAUUGGCCUUUUGGAAACUAUUGUAGACAACUAUGCUGAGCAGCUGCAUUUGGAUUCGUUGCUGGCUGAGGCAAGUGAAACAGCCGAGUGGCUAGCGCUGCGCCAAAAGCUUGCUACCAAUUCGCCAAACAGCUUUGAGCUAGACGUGGCCAGCAGCAUACGCGUAUUCCUCAAGAGCAGUCGCUUGCAGUCGCUGCACACGCUGCGUAAAUAUCUAGCGGAGCACAAGCAUCACCUGCAAGAUCAGGAGCAAUUGUUGUUGGAGCUAUAUAAUCGUCUCAUACGCAUGGUGCGCGAACAGGAGCACAGCCUGGAAGCGCUCAAAUGCUUGGCCGAGCUGGGACCUCUGAAGAUCAAACAUAUUUCGUAUUAUUUUCAAACCGAUUUCGAUGCAGUGCAGCAGCCCACUGAGCAGCCCAUGGAGCAGUUUCUGGGCAGCAUUAUGCAAACGCUCGAGCAGCACUUGUUUCAGUUUAAUAUACACACACAGCAAUCGCUUAUUAAUGUGGCCAUCGAUGUAGUGAAUAGCCCAAGUGGCCGCAAAUUAAUAGCGGAGCACACAAAUCUGCGCAUCUUUAGCACCAAAGGCAGCAAAGCGAGUUUUUUGCAUGCAAGUGGCAGCGUACGCUGCAUAGAUUGGUUAAACCUGUUGCGCUCCUGUGAGCACUUGGACUACGAGUCCUGGCUGUGCACAUUUAUGAGUCGCAUUUUUAUAGCUUGCGGCUGGCAGGGAUUUGAUGCUUUUGCUGGCAAAUGCUUUAGCUUUGCCAAGGCAUGUUUGCAGCCGUUUAUUAAGCUGCUCUUGGCUGACAAGGAUGUGCACUUGGAGAGCUUGUGUGCCAUGUUGGACUACUUUUUUGCCAAGUCUUGUGAUAGCCAAGCCAGCACUGGCAUCUACCAAGAGAAGCGCGCAAUUAAACGUUUUCUCUACAUGUGCGAAUGCGUGCGCUUUUGUAACAAUUGGCAAAUACCCAUAAAGCUGAGCAAUGUAGUCAGAGCCAGCAAUCAUUGUCAAGCCUACUUCUUGAGCAUUAUGUACCUGGAAUUGUGGGCCUGCUCCGCUUCAGCUACAGAGCUGACAAACAGCAGCAUAUUGGCAGAUGAGGAAUUCCAAAACUGUGCCAAAACAGCCUACGAGUCCAUAGGCUGUCUGGAUGCCAUACCGGGUUUUCUCAAUCCGCUACGCUCGCGCUUGGAUUACCUCAGUCUGAACAAUAAUAUAUGCGGCAUUUUGGUAGAGUCCGAUGGCCUGGACAUGCCCAAUAGUCAGCUCUGUUUGGACAUCAUGAAAAGCAAUGGCAUGCUCACGUUUGCCAAGUUGCAGCAGCAACAAAGUCAAAGCAAGCAGCUGGACUAUGAGAUCUUGUGGCGUCUGGGUCAGUGGGAUGAGCAAGUCGAUGGCCAUCAGAAAGUGAAUACGGCCAACAACAUGGAGCUGGAGUUUAAGAAGCACCACUACAUGGCACUCAAAAGCAUCAGCAAUCGCGAGGAGGAGAACACACUCUCAGCCAUAAAUAAUGCCUAUAUAUGUGUGCAGCAUAUUCUGCGGGACAUCAGCGUCGAGUGUCUACAGUCUGUCUACAAGUAUAUGACCUGGCUAUGUACGCUGCAGCAGGCAACAGAUUUCUGUCAGCUUCAAUUUGGCAAUCAUUUGAGCAGUGACGAAAUCAACGGAACAUUGGAUAAAUGGCGAACGGAACUGGAGCUGACCUAUGGCAACUUCAACUGCAAGGAGCACAUACUCACGCAUCAGAUAACGCUCUUCAAGCUGGCGGGCACGCGUGCCAAUCGACGCCUCCAACAGUACUACAAACAGACGCCAGUGGACACAUAUUUGCUCAAGUGCAUAGCUGAGUGCAAGGCGGCGGGCAAGCUGAAUUUGGCCAGCAAAUAUAUUGCCAUGUUGCGCACUAUGCCGGAAGUAAAGGCGCCGACCAAGAUUUCAGUGCUUCUGGAGGAUGCGGCUGUGAAUGCCAGGACAGGAAACUAUCAGACGGCAAAGGCAAUACUGCAGCAUGUGGUUAACCACAAUGAGUUUCAGUUUUGCCUGCAGCGUGUGCCCGCGUUGCGGCUGCAGGGCGAGUUUCUGCUGGACUGCAAUGGCGAGAGUAUGGCGCAUACGCUGGAGCACAAGUUCAUGGGCUCGUUGAAGCUGCUGGAACAGUUUCGCAAGCACAAAACACUGCUAAUGGAGAAGCAUCCGGAUAUUUUUGCCUGGCAGAGCUUUGAUGCGUUCGAGAAUGAGCAACGCAUGGCGGCGCAUGAGGCGAUUGCCAAGUAUGCGGAUCGGGAAUAUCAGCAGCUGCACGACUAUCGCCAUUCGCAGGAAUAUGAAAUGCUGGCCCACAUUACGAUGCACAAUCUACGCUUGGCGGGCACUGUGACGGAUCGCCAGAAGGCGCCCGAAGAUCGUGACCGUCAAGUGGGCGCCAUGCACUUGAAACGUUUUGCCAAUCUAGAUGAGAAGGAACUGCAACGCAUCGAUGAUAAUCUCACCGAGCAUUUAUGCACAGCACUUGAGCAUUAUAUGCACUACUGUCAACUUGAUGGCGGCCAUUCCAAUGCGAAGAUCUAUCGCAUCAUAGCUCUAUGGUUUACAAAUGCGGAGAAUGCACAAAUGCUAUUGCAACUCAAGAGCAGCCUACACACGGUGCCCAGCUACAAGUUCAUCUGUGCUGUCAAUCAGCUGGCCGGACGUCUGGGCUCCAAGCAGGAUGACUUCCAUAAGCUGCUCGUUGAGCUGCUUGUGCGCUGCGCUCAGGAGCAUCCGCAGCAAACCUUCUACAAACUAUAUCCCUUGGUCUAUGCCAAUAUGGAUGGCGGCCAUGGCAAUUCGCAGCGCGCCGAUGUGGCCACCAAGCUUAUAGCCAAAGCUUGUCAAGGAAAUGCAGCGCUGGCUGUCAUAAGCAAACAAUUUGAAGCUAUGUUUCCAGCGCUCAUAAACUUUGCCAACUCUUACCUGGAGAUGCCGCCCAAGGGUGGCAGACCAAACAUCAAGGGCAUACCAGACAAGCUGAAGAAGCUAAACUUGCUCAAGCUAACCAGUGUGCAGUGUCCGACGCUGGAGCUGGCCAUACAGCCGAGUCAGCAGUACAAUGUUAACAGCAUUGUGCGCUGGAAGACAAGCGAGUUUUUAGUCUGCGGUGGACUCAAUGCGCCCAUCAAGCUCAUGUGCGUCUGCUCGGAUGGAUUGAUACGCGCACAGCUUAUCAAGGGCAAGGAUGACUUGCGUCAGGAUGCUGUGAUGCAGCAGGUAUUUGGCUUUGUCAACGAGCUGCUCAGCAGCGAGCCGGAGUUCAUAGAGCGCAAGCUACAGCUGCGCACCUACAAAGUGACGCCGCUUUCCAUGCGCAGCGGCAUAUUGGAAUGGUGCACCAAUACACUGCCCGUGGCAGCGUAUCUUGUAGGCGAUGGCGCUGGCGGUGCGCAUUUGAAAUAUAAUCCCAAGGAUUGGACAAAUCGCAAAUGUCGUGAAAUGUCUUUGGCUGUGCUGCGCAAGCCUGUGGCGGCGCGCCAGGAAGUGUACAAGGAGAUUUGCAAACGUGUGCAUCCUGUUUUUCAUUAUUUUUUGCUGGAAAAGUUUGCCAUACCUGGUGUUUGGUUCGAGCGACGUUUGGCUUAUACCAAUAGCGUUGCUACCACCUCCAUGGUGGGCUAUGUGCUGGGCAUUGGUGAUCGUCAUACGCAGAACAUUUUAAUUGAUGAAAAAACUGCCGAAGUGGUGCACAUUGACUUUGGUCAUGCCUUUGAGCAGGGCAAGGUGCAGGCUACACCAGAGACGGUGCCGUUUCGUCUAACACGCGAUUUUGUGUCAGCCAUGGGAGUCUGUGGCACAAAUGGCGUGUUUACCAAAUCCUGUGAAGCCACCAUGCAUAUACUGCGACGCUACAAAUCUGUAUUUGCCACUAUACUGGAGGUGCUGCUCUAUGAUCCACUCUUCAUAUGGGGCGUGCUGUCAAGCAAUCAAGCUACAACUAGUAAUGAAUCCAAGAAUUUAUUAGCGCAGCGUGCGCUCUUGCUGGUGCAGCAUAAGCUGGAGGGACGCGAGUCAGGCUUGCUGGGCAAUGCGAGUGUGGAGACGCAAGUGCAGCGGCUAAUAAAUGAGGCAACGCUGCCCAGCAAUUUGGCUUUGCUUUAUCCUGGCUGGGACCCCUAUCUGUGAUACGCACAGCAUAUUAUUA